ACUGGCUCUCCCUUUUGUUUUUUCUCCCUCUUUCAUCAUAAUUCGGCCCCUUUCCCUCACUGCCACCCUUUGACGCAUGCGGUCCCACUCACUUCACAGUCCCCCUUAGCCCAUUGGGCGCGCCGCCAUCACCGUGUUUUUUGGCAUCCCAUUGGUGCACCCUCCCCUCAUACAGGUGGAUUCAUGCGCCAUGCAGGAGAUUGCUGAUCACACUAGGACACACGCAUCAGUGUCCCACCAGUGCACCCGGUUUUGGCAACAAUAACCGCGGUCUGGCGGUCUAUUAAAGCGGUCUCCCGGCAUCGUCUCUGUCCACAUGGAUGUGGGGGAUUACCCGCCUGGCUUAUUCUAACUGGUGGCUUCUUCUGUAUAUCCCAUUUUGCAAAGCACCUUUGGCGUAUUUCUGGAUAGGCUUUUGGGUUAGACCUAGCUGGAUUAUUAUUGUGGUGUGCUGUCCUUCACUAGCUAUGCCUUCCUUUAGGAUAACUAUGCUUCUUGAUAAACAUAUAGGCUAUGUUUCUGCUAGUAGGAAAAUCUGCUUUGUAGGUAAAAGGGUGUCAGCCUAUAUGUUAAGAAGCCUUGUUUAGUUUCUAUAGACACAAUGCUAGUAUGAUAUCCAGAAACUCCCUCGACCUGUAUUAGUGCUGAUAGAAAAUUGGCCAAUAUGCCUGACCUAGCAUUCACCAUUUUUCACUAGUAGUAUUGAUACAGUCAGUUCUGUAAAAUAAACACCCUUUAUAGAUU